CGUCAUGCAUGAAAUCACCCUCACGAGUCACGUGGUGGAAGAAGCGAUUAGUGAUUCGAACACAAAACGCAAGACUUUCGAAAGGAAGGACGUUAAGUCCUCUCAAGGCAGGACUUCUUUGUGCCAAACUAAUGCGAUCUAAAAAUAUCAUAAUUUAGCUAUUUUCCACUUCGUUUACUGAUAACCGGUUGAACCAGAUUAUUUACAACCUGGUGUGUGUGUGUUUUGCAAAAUGUUACUGCAAAUUGACUCUUGGAAGUAAAAUUGUUCCUCCUUUGUGACACACUAACAAUUUGAAAUUUAAUUCGGGGUGAAGGUGUUUCUAACCGUUUCUUCUUUUACGACGAUCCCUGUUAUAACGAAGGACAUCGAAGUGUACAGAUUUUACGUUUUUGUAAACUGACCUCGAUUCUCCUGCGAUUUACAAAAUGGCUUAUAUUAUGUUUAUUUUUGUUUAAACAACUAGUAUUCCACGGCGAUCAAAAUCUAACAUAUAUAUUAAUGGAAAUCAGUAUUAGCUAAAUAUGACAGAAGACCUAUAUAAACUGAAGUCAUUUACUGGAGAUAAUCGUUUAGUGGAAAGUUAUCCAAUCGACGCUACUGAAUCCGACGUAGGGACGAGAAAUGUAACAUCUAGUGUUCUGGCCUUAUUUCAAGACUACCCACGAUCCUUGCUGAACUUUGGUGCAGCUUGUUGUAUCAUCUUGUCCAUUGUGGGGAUCCCUAGCAAUGUGAUAUCUGCUAUUGCCAUCGCUCGUUAUCCUCGGCUGAAGAAAAACGUCACAACACUUUUCAUAAUUAACCUGUGUAUUGCAGACUGUCUGUUCUGUGGAUUCACCCUCCCAUUGGCCGCGUCCACCUUUCUGCAACGCGGUUGGAUUCAUGGAGAAGCACUGUGCGUGCUCUUCCCUCUGAUUCGAUAUUCCAACGGUGCAGUUUCGUUGCAAAGUGUUGUGGCAAUCGCCAUUAAUCGAUACAUUCUAAUAUGUCACCCAAAGAUCUAUAAACGAAUAUAUCAACGACAUUGGUUGGUCGCCAUGAUAGCGCUCAUCUGGAUAUUUGCCUUUUCUCUUCUUCUUCCUCCAUUGAUCCAGGUUUGGGGAAAACUUGGAUUUGAUCCCAAGUCCGGCACUUGUACCAUCUUGGAAGUCGAUGGAAAAUCGCCAAAAACGUUUCUUUUCAUUUUUUCUUUUGUGUUUACUUCGAUUGUUUUUGCAUAUUGCUAUUCCCGUAUCUAUUUCGUUGUUCGCAAAAAUCAGAAAAACGUACAAGAACAAAAGCGAAAUACAUUCUCUAAAUGUUACGACAGUAUAGAACAAGCAUCCUCAAGCUACAAAAAUUCUUCGUUUUCACCUUCGAUUGAACUUCCAGACCAAAGUGAAAUUCCAUCUCUUAAAUCUUCGCUUGCUUCCAAAAUGGACAAGAAACUGUCCAAAGAUAUCAAACUUCUGCGCAUGAUUUUUGUCAUCUUUUUAAUGUUUGUAGUCUGUUAUCUUCCUAUGACGUUGGUGAAAGUUCUAAAGGUAGAAGAGAAGAUCCCCGUGGUACACGUACUGGGCCACAUCUUCAUCUACUUAAGCGCCUGCAUCAACCCUAUCAUCUAUGUCUUGAUGAGCAAGGAGUAUAGACAAGCCUACAAGAACUUGUAUUGUUGCUACCAGGAUCCAAAUGUUAGCAGCAGCGGACAGACGUAAAUCAUUUAUUUCUGUGUUAUACCGUAAAAUGUUUCAACUACAGGCAAAUAUUUUGUAUGGACACGAGUAAUUUGAAUAUGUGAAUUAGCAUGAUUAAUAUUGGUAGUGACUUAAUGCCAUAUGAAACUCUAAUGCUAAUUUUCAAGGAUAUAUACAUAUAUAUUUUUUAUGACUUGAAAAGUAUUUUCUUACCUAAUUUGCUCGUGAAACAAAUAUACUUAAAUAAUAUGCUCACUCGAAAGUUUUCAAAACCAAGGAUUAUGUAAAAUUCACGUUUUUAAAAUAAUUAUGUUUGUAUUAUGGGCAAAAGCAUACAGAUUAAUAAAUAUAUAUGAGAGUGUAUUAGUUGAUGUAUCAGUUACGUACUCACUAAGCCUAACCAGCCUUUUCAUAACUUAAACCAAUACUUAGCUAUUAAUCAGAAGACAGCGAUGAUCUUAUCUCUUCGAUAGGUGCAACUUGGACCAAAAUGUGGAACAUUACGUCUUUACUAUUGGGUUUUAGAAUACUAAAUUCUACAAAUUAGAAAAAAAAAGACUUUCACAUCUUUAUGAAGUUUACCAAAGUAUUGUAUCCGUAGUCCUAUAUUAAAAUUUGGAAUGAAGGAAGGACUGAGUGGUAAAUAUAGCAAUAAGUGGUACUACAGUUGAUUACGUGAUGUUACUUGUUAAUAACGUGAAUAAACAGUUAAAUUUAAGCCGGAGUACGUAUUAGGUUUUUGUUAUGCGUAUCUAAAAAAGAAGUUAUUAUAUUUGCUGUUUGUAAUACUGCUUCCGGCGGAAGUAGAAUUUUUAACUUAACGUGGUAGUUUGAAAAUGACCCCAAAACUACGUUACUGUAAAUAUGAGGCAUAGACCCCUACCCUCAUUACUUUUAACCAUCAGCAUAGACAGAUGGAUACGCCUUAUACAUCUCAGUGGGCUUUUCGGCCAUGCAGGGCUAAACAUUAUUCUGAUUUGUAGUUGAAAACUGCUGGUGACCAGGCACUACAGUUUGCACAAUGUCAUUACAAAGAAAAUUUUAUUGAUGUUAUGUUUGUCCUGAGUAAUGUUAAUUUAUCAUAUUUCUGAUGGUCGUUUUCACACCCUCCAAGAUUCGUUAGCCGUCCUUAAUUUAGCAGUGAUAGACUGGAAGAGGGAAAGCUGCUUGUCAACACCACCCACCCCGCCAACUCUUCGAAUACUCUUUUUUUACUAACGAAAAGUGGGAUGGAUUGUCACAUUAUUACGCUCCGACGGCUGAAAGGGAAACAUGUUCGGCGAUGGGGAUUCGAACCCACGACCCGCAUAUUGUGAGUUGAGCACUCUAACCACCAGGCCACGCCAGGCUCACCAGAUGGCCUCCAAGAUGGAGGAACAGUGUUACAUAUGCAGUUGCUUCGAGCCAACGAAUUAAUCUUUGUCUCUUUAGGACACUUUAAAAAAAACUUGGUGUACAUUUUCUCAUUCGAGUUGCCUUAUGACUAAAGUAAGGCCACUAUUAUUUGAUAGCACAAUAAAAGAAAACGGCCAUGCUUAUGCAGAACAUUGAUUAUAUUCAAGCCAUCAAGCACGUAUUUGGAAGAGAAACAGAAGUAAUGUUAACGUGUGAGAAAAGAGAUUUAAGCUUGUAAUAUAAUGAGAUUUAAGCU